AUGAAACGAAUUUCUGCUCUUGCCACUGCCAUGAGCUUCGUGGCUCUUCUCCCAUGGCCGGGCUUAGCAAGUGUAGAUUGUCCAACCACUGGGCCUGGUGCGAGUCCUACGACCGUUCAGCCCAUGGAGAUUGUUCAUUGCAUCCCACUCCAUCUCAGUACUUCAGUGUCUCUGAAUACUACAUUCACUGUUAUGGGCACUCCGGUCACAAUCUCCAACGCUCCAACCUUGGUAACCUCUGACUUUUUGGCUACGACUACGGUCACCUACCUUUCUCCUGUCAAUUCUCAAUCGCCCUACGCAGGUCCUUGCGUCACAGUCACGGCAGCACUGCCCCCCGGAUCAAAGCCUUCUACUAUUGUCAUCCCCCCCCAAGGUGGACAGGCUACAGGAACCAAGUACAUCUGCUCGCCGCUUGAGUCUAAUAUGCCGUGGUUGCCGGGCUCAGGCAACCCAACCGCCGGCGGCAAGUCUCCAUACACGGGAAGCCUGACGACGGUCACCGCUCCCUAUGCGGGCUCGGCUAUGACAACGUUGACGAUUCCCCCUGCUGGAAGUGACCAGACAGGCACUGUGCUCGUCCUCAAGCCCACGCCCAAUAACGGAGAUGCCCCUUUCAACGGCCCCUGCGCGACGAUAACAGUUCCUGGAGCCGGCACAGCAUUGACAACUUUGACUGUGCCUCCAUCGGGAACUGAUCGAACUGGCACUCAGAUUAUUUGUCUUCCCUCCGCUUCAGGAGGUUUGGUGACCAGCACGUCGACUGGCACCCAGCCUGGUCAGACGGGACUACUCACUCUUCCUCCCGGAAAGCCCGGCGAUCCGACUACCAUCGUCACGAUUGUUCCUCCUGGAGGUACGGUAACGUCUACGUCAACAGGAACUCAACCUGGCCAGACAGGCCUGAUUACUCUUACGCCUGGAAAGCCCGGCGAGAUCCGACUACCAUCGUCACGAUUGUUCCUCCUGGAGACAGGCCUGAUUACUCUUACGCCUGGAAAGCCCGGCGACCCAGUCACCAUUGUCACGAUUGUUCCUCCUGGAGGCACGGUAACGUCGACGUCAACAGGCACUCAGCCCGGCCAGACAGGCCUGGUUACCCUUACGCCUGGAAAGCCCGGCGACCCAGUCACCAUUGUCACAAUCGUUCCACCUCCGUCCGGAGGAUUUGUUACUUCUACGUCGACUGGCACUCAACCUGGCCAGACAGGCCUGAUUACCCUUACGCCUGGAAAGCCCGGCGACCCAGUCACCAUUGUCACGAUUGUUCCUCCUGGAGGCACGGUAACGUCGACGUCAACAGGCACUCAGCCCGGCCAGACAGGCCUGGUUACCCUUACGCCUGGAAAGCCCGGCGACCCAGUCACCAUUGUCACAAUCGUUCCACCUCCAUCAGGAGGAUUUGUUACUUCUACGUCGACCGGCACUCGGCCCGGCCAGACUGGGCUUUUAACUCUGACGCCUGGCAAGCCCGGUGAUCCCACAACGCUCGUUACUAUUGUCCCUCCUCCUACAGGGGGAAUAGUAACAUCUACGUCGACUGGUACCCGCCCAGGUCAAACCGGAUUAUUGACUCUCACGCCCGGCAAACCUGGAGAUCCCACCACGCUCGUUACUAUUGUGCCGCCUCCAAGCGGCGGGAUAGUCACCGUGACUUCAACCGGCACUCAGCCAGGACAGACUGGACUAUUAACUCUCACGCCCGGGAAACCUGGAGAUCCCACCACGCUCGUUACUAUUGUGCCGCCUCCAAGCGGCGGGACAGUCACCGUGACUUCAACCGGCACUCAGCCAGGACAGACUGGACUAUUAACUCUCACGCCCGGCAAGCCUGGAGAUCCCACAACGCUCAUUACUAUUGUACCGCCUCCUAGCGGCGGACUGGUCACGGUCACUUCAACAGGAUCUCAACCUGGGCAGACUGGUCUUUUCACUCAGACACCUGGCCGCCCUGGCGAUCCAACAACAGUCGUCACAACGCUCAUUACUAUUGUACCGCCUCCUAGCGGCGGACUGGUCACGGUCACUUCAACAGGAUCUCAACCUGGGCAGACUGGUCUUUUCACUCAGACACCUGGCCGCCCUGGCGAUCCAACAACAGUCGUUACCAUAGUACCCCCUCCCGGUGGACUGGUCACGGUCACUUCAACAGGAACCCAACCUGGUCAGACUGGUCUUCUCACUCAGACGCCUGGUCGCCCUGGCGACCCAACAACGCUCAUUACUAUUGUACCGCCUCCUACUGGCGGCUUCGUCACGAUCACUUCAACAGGAUCCCAACCUGGUCAAACUGGUCUUCUCACUCGGACGCCUGGUCGCCCUGGCGACCCAACAACGCUCAUUACAAUUGUACCGCCUCCUACUGGCGGCAUCGUCACGGUCACCUCUACAGGGUCGACCACUGGCCUCAUUACUCAGACACCCGGACGACCAGGAGAUCCAACCACAGUCGUGACCCUGGUGACACCUCCCGCCGGUAGAUUGAUCACUAUCACAUCCACUGGCUCGACUACUGGCCUCAUUACUCAAACACCUGGAAGACCCGGCGAUCCAACCACAGUCGUGACACUUGUGACGCCUCCCGCUGGCGGCAUCGUCACAGUCACCUCUACAGGGUCGACAACUGGCCUCAUUACUCAGACACCGGGACGACCAGGAGAUCCAACCACAGUCGUGACACUUGUGACGCCUCCCGCUGGCGGCAUCGUUACAAUUACUUCUACUGGCUCGACUACUGGCCUCAUUACUCAGACACCGGGACGACCCGGUGAUCCAACCACAGUCGUGACCCUGGUGACGCCUCCCGCUGGCAGCAUUGUCACAAUUACUUCUACUGGCUCGACUACUGGCCUUAUCACUCAGACACCUGGAAGACCCGGUGAUCCAACCACAGUCGUGACCCUUGUUACGCCUCCCGCCGGUGGAUUGACCACUGUCACCUCCACAGGCUCGACAACUGGGUUGACCACUUUGACGCCCGGGCGCCCUGGUGACCCUACCACUGUCGUUACUUUCGUCACGCCUCCAGCUGGGGGAUUGACUACAGUUACCUCGACGGGAUCGCAGACUGGUCUCACGACCCUGACGCCUGGAAGACCCGGAGAUCCUACUACGGUAGUGACUAUUGCGACUGGCCCUCCUCUUGUGACCGUUACGUCGACAGGUUCGACCACUGGUUUGACUACCCUCACACCCGGAAGGCCUGGAGACCCUACUACAGUCGUCACUUUCGUUACUGGUCCUCCUUACGUCACGGUCACUUCAACAGGCUCAUCGACUGGUCUAACCACUUUGACACCUGGAAGACCUGGAGAUCCUACUACUGUAGUAACUAUUGCGACUGGUCCUCCUCCUGUGACCGUUACCUCGACAGCCUCGACGACUGGUCUGACCACGCUGACUCCUGGAAGGCCUGGAGAUCCUACUACCGUCGUCACUUUCGUUACUGGUCCUCCUUACGUCACGGUCACUUCAACAGGCUCGCAAACUGGUCUUACCACCUUGACACCUGGAAGACCUGGAGAUCCGACCACCGUAGUGACUAUUGCGACCGGCCCUCCUCCUGUGACAGUCACUUCAAUAGGCUCGACGACUGGGCUGACCACGCUGACUCCCGGAAGGCCUGGAGACCCUACUACAGUUGUCACUUUCGUCACUGGUCCCCCUUACGUCACGGUCACAUCGACAGGCUCUUCAACUGGUUUGACUACGCUUACACCUGGAAGCCCCGGAGAUCCUACGACUGUUGUUACAAUCGCAACUAGCCCGCCUCCCGUUACAUUGACCUCUACUGGCACAACUACAGGCCUCACCACGGUUCCAGGAGGUCCCGGGGGCCCAGCUACAGUUAUCACGAUCGUUCUUCGAAAGGGAUUCCUGGUUACGCUCACGUCUACCGCGACCACAACUGGACUUACGACGAUUAUCCCAACCGAUCCAUUUGACGGCACUACCAGCGUAAUCACGUUCGUCACACCGCCAGCCCCGGUGACUCUUACAUCUACGGGUAGUACAACGGGUCUCACCACGGUUCCUCCUGGUCCUAGCGGAGGUCCUCCAACUGUCAUUACGAAGCCCUCUUCCGCCGGUGACCGUGACAUCGACGGCAUCAACUACUGGCUUGACAACUCUUCCGCCCGGACCAAGUGGUGGUCCCUCGACAGUUGUUACUUUUGUGACCCCUCCGGCGAGUCCUUUGUCUCCCGUAACAGUCACAUCAACGGCGUCAACAACUGGUCUAACUACUCUCCCCCCUGGGCCAAGCGGCGGUCCCUCGACGGUUGUUACUUUUGUCACUCCCUCGGCGAGUCCUCUUCCUCCUGUGACCGUUACAUCGACGGCCUCAACCACUGGUCUGACAACUCUACCUCCUGGGCCAAGCGGCGGUCCCUCGACAGUUGUUACUUUUGUGACCCCUCCGGCGAGUCCCCUUUCUCCCGUAACCGUCACAUCAACGGCGUCAACCACCGCGGUGGUCCUUCGACUGUAGUCACUUUUGUUACACCCUCGGCAAGUCCUCUUCCCCCUGUGACCAUUACAUCGACGGGUUCAACCACGGGUUUGACAACUCUACCUCCUGGGCCAAGCGGUGGCCCGUCCACUGUGGUCACAUUUGUCCCUCGUAUUACUGGCUUCUUGGUGACUCUCACAUCUACAGCCAGCCAGACAGGACUCACCACCAUUGUCCCAACGGAUCCGGCGGGCACUACGAGCAUCAUCACGUUCGUCACGCCCAGCGCUCCCCUUACGCCAGUCACAGUCACUUCAACGGCAUCCACCACCGGCUUAACCACUCUUGCCCCUGGUCCCAGUGGUGGUCCUUCAACUGUCGUGACUUUUGUCACUUCCACCACUCCUCUUGCGCCAGUUACUGUCACGUCAACGGCGUCAACCACCGGCCUGACAACUAUUCCUCCUGGCCCCAAUGGUGGCCCUACAACCGUCGUCACUUUUGUACAGCCUCCUACUGGCUUCAUUACAACAGUCGUGUCAACGGGUACCCAGACCGGUGUGACAACUCUGCCCCAAACCAACCCAACCGGCACAACCACUGUCGUCUCCUUCGUGCCCCCGAUUACAGGUGCUAUCACAACUGUGGUCUCUACAGGAACCCGGACAGGCCUUACGACGCUGCCCCAGACCGACCCAGCUGGCACAACCACUGUCGUCUCCUUCGUGCCGCCGAUUACAGGUGCUAUCACAACUGUGAUUUCUACGGGAACCCAGACGGGCGUCACAACGCUUCCCCAGACCGAUCCGGCUGGCACGACCACGGUCGUCUCGUUUGUGCCGCCGAUUACAGGUGCUAUCACAACUGUGGUCUCUACGGGAACCCGGACGGGCCUUACGACGCUUCCUCAAACCGACCCAGCCGGUACGACUACCGUCGUCUCCUUCGUGCCGCCGAUUACAGGUGCUAUCACAACUGUGGUCUCUACGGGAACCCGGACGGGCCUUACGACGCUUCCUCAAACCGACCCAGCCGGUACGACUACCGUCGUCUCCUUCGUGCCGCCGAUUACAGGUGCUAUCACAACUGUGGUCUCUACGGGAACCCGGACGGGCCACGACGCUUCCUCAAACCGACCCAGCCGGUACGACUACCGUCGUCUCCUUCGUGCCGCCGAUUACAGGUGCUAUCACAACUGUGGUCUCUACGGGAACCCAGACGGGCCUUACGACGCUGCCUCAAACCAAUCCAGCCGGUACGACUACCGUCUUACAGUGAAGCUCUACAAGAACAAUCACGGACUCAACACUGGCGGCUAUCAAGGUGGCUCGGCCUCCCCACCUAAUCUCAACGGCGUGACGCCCAUUGCACAGGGAACAUCCAACGACCUUGGAUUUCCCCAAUUCAAUACCGGCACGUCCGAUUAUGUGCCUGGUUCGACACGAACUGUCGCUGGUCUUACUGUCGAUGCAAACAACUUUACUGCACUGUACACUGGCUAUUUCCAGCCUACUGUAUCUGGUCUUUGGACCAUCUGUCAAUCGGCGGAUGACGUCUCGUAUCUCUACCUUGGUAGUGGAAGCGCUUUUUCAUGUGGAAACCCAAGUGACCAAGGAGGUACUGCCUUGAGUUCAUCAUUCAGCUACGCACCUGUUUGCAGGACUCGAACGCUGGUGGCAGGCCUGCUGUAUCCGUAUCGAGAGGUUUUCGGCCAGAUCCAAGGAUAUUCAUUCCUCAACGUUUCUUUCACUCCUCCUGGAGGCACUGUUUCGAGCUCUUUCCCAGGAUAUCUCUAUCCUGAGGACUCCAGCUGCGUUCCAGGUGGUGGCAGCACGACUUCAUCGACCUCCUCUACCACUGCUCUAACUCCAGUCACUGUGACUUCAACUGGAUCCUCAACUGGAUUAACAACUCUGACCCCAGGUCCCAGCGGUGGUCCUCCUACUGUUGUCACUUUUGUCACUCCUUCAGCAACCCCUAUUCCACCAGUGACCGUCACUUCAACUGGAUCCUCAACUGGACUAACAACCCUUGCCCCUGGUCCCAGCGGUGGUCCUACUACUGUUGUGACUUUCGUUACGCCUACUCCGACUACAGUCACCAUAACUUCAACCGGUACUACUACAGGACUUACAACGAUUCCGCAAAGCGGAACUGUGCCAGGCACCGUCAUCACCAUCGCUUGUCGUACUGUGACCCAAACGCAAACAAUUUCGGCCAGCGGAGCUGCGGGUACUCAAGCUUCUUUUGUUGUGCCUGCAUGUGCAAGAACCGCGACAUUCAGGAUCAAGGGUGGUGAUGGUGGUGGAACUGGCCGGGAGUCAGGUGUCGGUGAAUUGAUUCUUGGAAGUCUCGCCGUCACACCCGGUCAGACAUAUGUCGCCAUUGCUGGCGGCGCGGGAAAUAUCAACAUUCAGGGAACCAGUGCAUAUGGUAACGGCGGUACAGCGGUCGAUGGUGGCGGCGGAGGCGGUGGAGCAUCUGCCAUUCUCAUUGGCGGUGCGGAGGUUGUCGUUGCUGGCGGAGGCGGAGGCGGAGACAUUUACCUCUAUGGAUAUCCCACCGAUGGACGACCAAACACAGUCACAAUUACCUCCGAUGCCAACAGAGGCCAAGGCGGCUCUCCAGGACUACAAGGCGUUGGCAGAUAUACAGUUGAUGAGGGAAAUACUGGAACAACUGGCUUUUACAACGUUGCUCGAGGUGGAGGUGGUGGCACAGCUACUGGAGCAGGCGCUGGUGGAAUAGCUGGCGGUACUACCACUGCACAAGCGAACGGCAACGCUGGAUCUGGUCACAACGGUGGAGCAGGUCUUUCUACUCGAAACACAGGAUCUCCGGGAUCUGGAGGAUCUGGGGCUGGGGGUGGUGGUUACUUUGGUGGUGGCAGUGGAAGCGUUUUGGACUGGACCUACGGUAACAACCGCGUUACUUUCGGCGGUGGUGGCGGCGGUGGCUCCAGCUUUGUCCGAUCCGGUGUGACUGUUAGCAGUCGAAGUGUCACAGGUGGUACCGGGAGUGUUGAGAUUGUUUUCACUUCUUAG